AUGGAAGCUUCACGAGUUCUUCCUACUAAUAAAAAAAUUCGUGAAGACUGGGAUAAGUUGAUAAAGCUUAUGAAGGAUGCCCAUGUGAGAUUAUUGAGAAAGCUUACUAGAGGAAGAGCAGGAGAAAUGAAAGAAUUAGAAGAAGAGCUUAAUAAGGUUCCAGUGUUUGGUAUUCAAGUUGCUGGUGUAACUUUGGCAUGUUGGGUUAUGACUAUGCCAUUUGGUGCUUUCUACUUUGUUCAACGUCUUGCCUCGAUGAAUCGGGGAGAGUCUUCACUUACCGAAUUUAUGAAUGAAUUGUGGAAAAAAGUCGAUUUAUCUUUAUAUAACAUAGCUAUUUGUUCUCCACAGGCUCGAGAAGAUAUGCCUCUUUAUGGUGGAGAGUUAAUAACUCCACGAUCACCAUAA